GGAUCAGUUUCGUUGCUCGCCUAAUUCAUAUUCAGAUAUUUACUUGACACUUGCAGGCCCAAUGAUGGCUGCUUCCAAUUUGCAAUUCAUUUAAGCAUUUGAACACAGUAGAGAAUGGUCGUGGCUAAAUCUAUAUUGGUCGCUCUGAUGGCUUCGUUCGGUGGAUUCAUUGUUGGCGUUUCCCUGGCUUGGUCCGGGCCCAUCGAGAGCACAAAGUUCAUCCGUGCGACUUACGUGUUCCAGCCGAGUCCCAUGCACUGGGCAUUCAUAUGCUCGGUUAUCGCAGUGGGCGCCGCCAUCAUGUGCGUGCCCGUGGGCAUCAUGAUCAGCUCGUUCGGCAGGAAGCCUAUCAUGCUGGGCAUGGUGCUGCCGAGCAUCAUUGGCUGGGCCCUCGUCAUUGGCGCUGCGCACCUGAGCAUGAUGUACAUCGGCCGAUUGCUGAUUGGAAUGGGCAACGGCGGCAUCGGCGUGGCCGUCACCAUAUACAACAACGAGGUGGCCGAGCUGCACAUGCGCGGAAUGCUGAACUGCUUUUUUCACCUGAUGCUGGUCCAUGGCAUCCUGUACGCCUACAUCCUGGGCUCGUGCCAGGACUUUCAGGCGUACAACUUUGCGUGCGGCCUGCUGCCACUGGUCUAUGCCGCUAUCCUCAUGUGGGUGCCCGAGUCGCCGGUGUACCUGGUCCAACGGAACAGGGACGAAAAGGCUCAGGCCAUCCUGCAGUGGCUGCGCGGCCCCGAUGCCAACAUCGAACGGGAAAUGAUGGCGAUAAAGAACAGAUACCAGCCGGAUAGCUACAGCACCAAGGAAGCACUGCGCGAGAAGGCUACAAUGAGGAGCCUGUUGGCGGUGAUCGGACUGAUUCUGUUCCAGCAAUUCACGGGCUUCAACGCGUAUGUCUUCUACAUAAAGCUAAUGUUCAGGGAAGACAACUACAAGGCAUCCAUAGAGCUGUGCGCAGUUAUCUUUGCUAUUGCCCAAGUGGUCGCCGCGUAUGUGACCGCAUUGGUCAUUCAGAAGAGCGAGCGCAAGCUCUGGCUCUUUGCGUCGGGCCUCAUGAUGCUGCUGGCCUCCAUUUUGUUGGCGCUGAAUUUUCAAUUCCUAAGGGAUUCCGACUCCAAGUGGCUAAUAGCCUCUGCCAGCCUCAUGUACAGCGCUGGACACAGCCUGGGAGUCGGGCCGCUCGUCUGGGUCGUUAUGAUCGAGAUGUUCUCGGAGCGAGCGCUGCCCAUUUGUGUUGCGAUUGUUUCGACGUGCUCGUGGAUAUUUGCGUUAGCGAUAGUUGCUGUAUUUCCAUUCGUUAUCAAGAGUAAUACGCCCGCCCUCAUCUUCGGGGUAUUCGCGAUCUUUUCUUGUGGAGGGUGUAUCUUCACUAUCACCUACAUACCGGAAACACACAGUAAAAGCAUGCGGAAAAUUCGGAGCUCCCUGUCAUAGGCGACAGCUCCUCUCAGAGAGUAGCAGAGCAGGACUUUUGCUGAGAGGAGUCGCUCUUCCAGCCGAACGGGAUGGCAGCCCCGUGUUGUCGCACUCAACUGAUCUGGCAACUCUGCAGCCCCAUACCAGCUCGUGUCUGUGGGUGGGGUGACUUUGCACAACCAAAUAGUAGCGAUUGAAAAUCUAAAAGCGUUGCCAAUUCCUGAAUUUGUAUUUCCGACAAAAGUUAACACAUUGUAGAAAAUCAAAUAAGAAAUUCGUUACACCCAAACGCACGCAACGACGCACUUAAUUUCAAACAGGAUUUACGAGGUUGACAGACAUUUAGCGUGCCGAGCGAGGCAGCAUUUAUACAGAGGGAACACUCACACACACACACAUACACUGCUUGUCUCUUUGGGCUGGGCUGUUGCGCUUGCGCAGCGGAAACUGUGAAAAGAGCAAAUCGCUUGUGACGAAACGGAAUUUUCAACGCUCGGCAACGAACCGAAUAGAUGCAAAAACUGCUAAUGAAAUGUCCUUUGAGCUCUUUGAACUCGCAGCAAGAAAGCAAAUGCGAGCGGCAUCUGGCAGCGUCUUGUGUGUGUUAGUGUUUUAGUGUGUGUGGCAUAUCGAAUGGCCUAAGCAGAGUGAUCAGGGCGAGAGAGAGAAAGAGAGAGAGACAGGAGACAGCUAAGAGUGGUUCGCUUCAUUGCAUUUGGCUAUGGCGAGCUGAGAGUUGGCAUGUUCCAUAAUUUGUUGCAUGCAAUGCGUUGCAAUUUGCUGGCCCAGCCUUCUCGCUCGCCCUCCUCGAGUGCCCUGGCUGCAGCAUUAAUAUUCAAUUUUCUGAGUGUACUUAGUGCAGCUUAGAUGCGAUUCAGCUGCAUCUGCCCCAAUUAGUUGCAAUUGUUGCCAUUCGCCACGGGCUCAAGUGCCGGCCAGCAACAACAACAGCAGCUCGGAGCAUCUGCCUCUUGCUUCACCUAUUAGCUCAAUUACACGAAUACUCAAACAUUGCAUCCACCGUUCAUGCAACAUGAUAAAUUGGUUACCUAAGUGAUGGACAUGAGAGUAAGCCCACAAGAGCUUAGAGCAACUAGGCCAG